CGUUCGUUUGGCGUGAGGAUGGAGGAGGGAGGUUUGCGAAGAGGGAGGCUGGUGGUGGUUUGGACGAGGAUGGUUGCUGUUGUUGUUGUGGUAACUCAGGAGUGGGGAUAUUGUUUGGUUCCGAGUCUGCGUCUGAGUCGGAUGAGGAGCCGUAGUCUAGCGGGACGAGGGACAUUGUGAGCGAGGGAGGGGGGAAGGUAUGUACUAGAUCUAGAGUGUAAUAGCACACGGGUGUUAUUCCAGACCAGUGCUAUUCCAACCUGGAAUCACCCUGCUGCAUAAUGCGACAAACGCGCUUCCAAUCAAGUUGACCAGGUUUUGGAAGGUCGGAUGCGAAGUCCUGACAGAUCCUGCAGAGCCACGAUAUAUACGCUGUAGUAUAGACUGCUUAUAGGAGUAGUUAUCUUCAUUGCGAUCAUCCACGCAAUAUGAACGUAGACUCCAUUUUCAAGGUCCCGGCACCGCCUACAAACUUCACGAAGAAGCGCAAGCUGCCGUCAACCCCAGACGUGUCCUCACUCAAAAAGUUCAAACCCGAUAAUGAUGAGGAGGACUACCGGGCGGGUUGGGGACCGGGGAAACUCAACACACCGUCUACCGGCCCCGAAAAUGGCGCCGCGCCUGAGGACGACGAAGACGUGAGGUUCUAUGGCGAAGGGCUGGACGCUGAACAGAAGAAGAUCUGGGAUAUAGUCGACGCCGGUGAAGAGCUUCCGGAAACGAUUGAUGUGCCGCAACUGAAGCGAAUGGUACUGAAGCUCGAGAAGAUCGUAAACAAGAACCAGGAGUUCCGAAUGAAAUAUGCAAAUGACCCGAUUAAGUUCAUAGAAUCCGAAGCAGAUCUUGACGAGGAACUGAAAAACAUGCAAGCCGCUAGUGCAUCCCCGGAAAUCUACUCAACUCUAGUCGACCUUGGAACCCACGCUACGGUUUUGAGCUUGCUAUCGCACGAGAACACGGACAUCUCGAUUGCAGCGGUGGAGCUUUUAAACGAGUUGACAGAUGAAGAUCUCGUUGCAGAAGCGUCAGAAGAAGCUGAGGAGGGGAUGAAAGUGUUGGUCAAAGGUCUCAUUGAUAAUGAUGCCUUAUCGCUGCUGGUACACAACCUACAGCGUUUAAAUGAAGAGCAAACGGAAGAUAAGCAAGGCGUUUUCAACACGUUGUCCGUGAUCGAGAACUUCAUCGCCGUGGACCCCGCCUUGUCAGAAAAGGUCGUUGCCGAGACAACGUUGCUGAAUUACAUUCUUCAGCGAAUCCGCACGAAAGUAUUCGACUCCAACCGGCAGUAUGCCACCGAACUUUUGGCCAUUCUUUUACAAAGAUCACGAGCCAACCGCUUGAAGCUGGGAGAAUUAGGCGGCGUAGACGUUCUUUUGCAAGUUCUUUCUGCUUACAAAAGAAAGGACCCAAAAGAUCCGGACGAGAUAGAACUCCUGGAGAAUGUAUUCGACGCAUUAUGCGCGGUGCUGGCCGAACCCGAAGGGAAGGAGCAUUUCCUCGAAGGCGAGGGAAUGGAGCUGAUGCUGUUGAUGGUCAAAGAGAAGAAACUGGCACGCAUGCGUGCUUUCAAAGUUUUGUCUCAUGCCAUGCUUGGGGCCGAUGGAGCGAAGUGUUGCGCCCAUUUCGUUGAGAUUUUCGGACUGCGGACGUUAUUCCCAGCGUUAAUGCGCAAAGGUGUCAAGCAGUACAAGAAGACCUACAAAGCCUUCUCGGAAACGGAAGAAGACGAAUACUUGGUGACCAUCAUGGCGUCGCUAUUGAAGAACUUGACACAACUCGAUCUGCGUGAACGCUUUAUCCUCAAGUUUGUGGGAUCGGAUAUUGAGAAAGUUGAUCGGCUCAUGGAUAUGCAUUUGCAAUACUACGCCAGAGUUGCGGCGGCCGAUGCCACCAUUGCGGAGAGGCAACGAUCCCGCGAGGAUGAGGACCUGGACGAAGAUGAAUUGGAGGCGGCGAAGGAAGAGGAUUUCCUAGACAAGUUGACGGCCGGCUUCUUUACACUUCAGCUGUUGGACUUCGUUAUUGCUUUUGUUUGUUUCGAAGAUGCUUCCGGCGAGGUGCGGAAAAAGGUAACAUCGCGUCUGGAAGGCGCUGGGCAAUCCAUCGAAACAAUAAAGAGCGUACUCAAAGAAUAUGCCAACAACGUGGGAGAGUCGUCAUCACCGAAACCGGCAGAGCCGUCCUCUACUGAGUCCGCUGCUGAUGCAACGGAAUCGUCAGAUGCAUACGCUCAGCGGGAGCGUGCCAUGAUAAUAGGGGUCAUGGAAGCAUUAUAGUCCAUAGAAACUCCAUCGCAGUAGCAUGAUCUGAAUGGCUUACGGUCACACACUUUCAAACUUUAUUUCAAAAUCGAACUGAAUAUCGUCAACCACACUUGUGGCGAAGAAAAAAUCAAAACAAAAACAAGA